UUCAAAUGCCAAAAUUGUGACUCAUUAAAAGGGCAAGCUUGGGCUGGGGGGUGCAGGAAGGAAGAAAAAUAGCUUGCAAGAGCCUUCCUGUUUAUCCACGGCUUGGGAAAAAAAGCAACACAACAGAAUACACACACCCUGGCUCCAUUAUCUUUGCUGGCACGGCGCUGCCUUGGCUCUGUCCCUUACCACUCCAGGCCAAAUCCAGCCCUGCUGCGAGCGUGUUUACUUUAGAGGAGUUUACUCGAGAGAGAAAUCCAGCCCCCGGAGCCUGAAUGCUCACAGUGUGCAAGCGAGCGCACAGGCGCUGGGAGCCCCCGCAACAAUGCGCCGUGGUGCUGGCCCCUGGCCACACCGGGGAGGGAGGAAAAAUGCCAGCUUCUCUAAGAAAACUGCAGCAAAUGGCUGUUUUCAUGGGACUGUUCAGCGGCGGGGGAUGCAUCGUGAUGUAUAAUCUUAUGCAAAAAAGUUUUGCCAGGACCCAGUAUUACCAGCAGGCUUUAGAGCAACUGAACAGCCAUCCCGAUGCCCUGGAAGCCCUGGGUGCUCCCCCUCUCAAGGUUCACAACAUCCGACUGACAGAUGGGAGUAAUCGUGUGGACACAGAAAGAGCACAGAUAAAGUUACCGGUAUCCGGAACAAAAUCAGCGGGGUACCUCUACAUUAACUCAGAGAUGGACCAUGCCCGCCAGUGGUGCGUACUGGGGAGAGAAGUGGUAGGAGAAGAGAGUGGAGCAGGAUAUUUGUGUUAGUAAUCCAUGUGGCUGAGAUCAUGCACACCAAGGAAGAGGAAAUUCUUGUCUGAAGGUCUUGUGAAAGGUUAUUACUGUCAUUAUGACAAAAAAUGUAAAUUAGUUGAGAAAUAUAUUAAUUCAUCCCUAUGAGUACAAAAAGAAGAACAACAUGAGCCAUUAAUUUGUGUGAAGUGUGUUCUGCAAGCUAUAGCUCAGUAUAUAUACAAAUAUAGGGCGCCAAGGUAACGUAUUGUCCCCUCCCACCCCUCCUCUCCCAGAAGGUGCAAGACCGUUGAACAGCAGUCUCAGCUCCAGUCUAGUAUUACGUAUUGCAGUAGGGAAAUUAUUUUACAAAUUACAUCAGAACCUGACUAGGUGAGCUAAAAAUCAUACAGGAUUUUUUUUUAAGCUAUCCAACAAACACAGUCUUUAUAGUUUAAAAAUAAAAAAAGUGCUAUAACAGUUAUAUUACAGUAGGAAGAUGCUCUGACUCCACAUCAUGUAGUAGCGACUUUACAUAUUCGUAGCAGUGAAGCCUGAAAACCUCUCUUGUCAAGGGUAAAUGUUUUCUAGAGCUAAGCAGAGAAUUAUUACACAAAGUCAAAGUCCAUCUUCCAUUGCAAAAGAGGAAAUUUCAUUAGAUGCAAACGUCCCCGCAUGUACUUGUUCUUGGAGUUUGCUAGGCACUUCUAUCAGCUCUGUUUAGAAACUCAAAGCUACAGCAUUUUUGCUCAACUGCCACCACCCAUAUGGUAAUGUUUUCUUUUCAUAGUGAGAUGAGCACAACUUGCUGGAAUUCUCUUCCACAAUAACUAUGGGAAGUAAGGUGUACAAUGAUGGGAGGAAGGCACUAGACUGGGACGUGAGAGGCUCCUCCUCCCUAGUGACCAGAGAUACCCCCAGAGGUCCCCAACCACCCUUCUUGCACACCUGCACUUCCCUGGGAGCCAGGGCUCUGAUCUCCUCACUCGUCCUUAUUCCUUCCUCACAGAUGGAGGGAAAUAGCUGUUCCCUCCUGUUUCGCCAAGUUACUGUGAGGAUAACUGAAGAUUGCAGGUGUUAAACUACAGCAGUAAUUGAAGUGCAUACAUAUCUCUAGGAGUUUUGCUUUAAAUAGAGGUCUCCAUGCAUUUCUGCAAGCUUAAGAGGGAAAAAAAGAAAAAAAAAACCAUCUUCUGUAACAGGGUUUGUGGCAGACAAAUCUGUCAGACUCUACCAUCUCCACCUACAUGUGGGGCCCCGCGCAAGCUCCACCCAAGGCUAGACAGGACUUGGUGUCCUUGUGCCUGGCUGAGGAAACUCGGCGUAAAAUGGUGGGUUCCCAUCUUCUUCAUGAAGAGGAGCUCCCAAAAUCCCUUAUAGCAAUGACAAACCUGUAAGCUGGCCAUCCUGGUGGGGCUCUGCAGAGUGUGAGGAGCAGCCAGACCCAUGCAGACACAGGUACACGGUGCCAGGAGUUGAACGCUGUGGGCAAGCGUAGUUGAGGCUCCUGAGCCACUGAACCGCUCCUGACGCUGAGGGUACUGUCUGUCCAUAGCACUUUAUUUAUUUAUGUGGUUAUUAAAAAAAGGAAGGUAACUGAAAAAAGGGAAAUUUAGUGUACGUGACCUGGUUUGGACCUGGAGGAGGCGGUAUUCACCCCAGCGCAGGCAGUGCGGGGCUGGGGAGAUAGGCCAGAGGCAAGGGCAACCCAGACACCAGUCCUGCACAGCGCCACUUGCCUGCCCCGCAGUGAGCAGGAGGAAGGGCUGAGACCCCAAGCCAGGCUGGGGGGAGCCAGCACUUGCUCCUUCAAGCCCUGUUAUAAACCAGGCAGUUGCUCAUCCCGGGUCGGAUGGAGGCGGAGGGUUGGUGAGGGAAGAGCCCUGCCGCGGACCAGUCGCACAGAGGUGUGGCCACCUAAUUACCUAAUUGUGUGUACUCCAGCUAAAGCGGAGCUGGGCGAGCCCAGGAACUUUUGAAAAAAUUCUAUCUUAGUACCCCAAAAUAAUAGACCUUCCCAGCUGGAAAAGCCGGAUGAGUAGUCAGUCUCACAGCAGAGCUUAGAGGAAGGAAAAGGCUCCCCCCUCAGCCUCCAGUUUUCCUUCUCUGAGUAACCACCAUCGUACCCUGUCAGGGUUUCAGCCGUCAUGUUGAGCGAUCACACAGUGUUCAAACUCCUCCAAGCCAGGAUAAUUCCUUAGCAACACGGUCUGGCUCCAAGGCUGGAGAGGAGUAGAGCAAGGAAUGCACCCGCAGGAUGGAGAGGAAGAAAGGCACUGAGUCCGGGGAGGAAUGUCCUGUCUAAAAAUAGCUGGCAGGAUUUUAUUUGAGUUGCAGCAAAUAGGAACAUGCAUCCCAGACUUUUAAAUCUGGGCUGUGCUACACUAUUAGAGAAAACAGCUUUCAGAAGCUGGCACUCGCAAACCAAGUUUUAAAACACUUGAGAGUAUUUUUAAAAGCAAUGAAUGCGUGGAAUGAUUUGUUUCACCAUGCCAGCUGUUUCUACACUGACUUUACUACUACAUUAAAAGUGAUUGAAAUAAGUUAAAAAAUCUGUUUUGGUUUC